AUGCGACGUAUUCGACAGCGAGAGAGAAGACAGCGAUGGCAAGAUACACCGCAAUACAUCAUGAAGAGUGAUUUUUGUUUUAUAUCAUCCACUUGGAUGGCUGAAUGGGAAAUGUUUGUGGAAGGAUGGCAAACGCAUCGACCUGAGAGGGUUAUUGAUCAACAUGGGUUAUUGACUUCUAUUAUGAGCUUGAAUCGAGUAGGCACAAAUCCUUUUUAUUUGAAUUCCAAUGAUUUAGUCAUGAUAAUCUCGGGCCAAACCUGGGAUUAUUUAGUACGUGAAUACGGUUUACGAGGUGAAAAAAUCUCUCAAGAGGAUCUUGUACCAGAAGAAAACUACCUCAAAAUCAUUCAUCGUAUCGCCUAUUGGAAAAAACGUGCUGGAGCCUGUUCUUGA